AUGUCGGGAGAGACGCCAUUAGGUGCUGCUAACAAUAGCAAUAUUGUUGAUCUUUUAUCUACAUUAAAUCCUGCAGCUACAGCAGCAACAGCAGCAUCAACAACAACACUAACACCAUCAACCGGUACAAUGCGUAAUGAUGAUUUAAAUGUUGAUUCAUCAGAUUUUCGACCUGCUAAUCGUUUACUAUCACAACGACAAGCAUUAAAUAAUAAUAAACAACUUGAAUCAUUACGAGAACAACAACAACAAUUACAAAGCAUGGAAAUUGAUGAUCAACAAUCAUUUGAAGUAUCAUUUGCCAAACAUAGUAAUGCGUUCCACACACUAUUUGAAUUUUAUCAAGAUCAAAUUCUAUGUGAUGUUGAAAUUGUUUGUGAUAAACAAAUAUUUUUAUGCCAUAAAGUUGUACUUGCUGCAACAAUUCCAUAUUUUCGCUCAAUGUUUACAUUAGGUAUGCUUGAAGCAGAUAAACGUCGUAUUGAAAUUCAAGAUAUAAAUCAAAAUUCAUUAAAAACAAUUAUUGAAUUUGCAUAUACAGCUAAAGCUAUGAUAACAAUUGAAAAUGUACAACAUUUAUUAUUUGCAUCAACAGUUUUACAAACAGAAGAUUUAGCUGAAGCAUGUUCAAGUUUUUUACGACAACAUUUAUCAUUAACAAAUUGUACAGAAAUUCGUCAAUAUGCAGAAUUACUUAAUCGAAAAUCAUUAAUUGAUUUAGCUGAUGAAUUUAUUCGUGAUCAUUUUUUGGAUAUUAUACAAAUUGAUGAUUUUUAUAAAAUUUCAUACAAACAUUUGAAAGAACUAAUUGCAUCACCUGAUCUGGGUAUAUUAGAUGAAAAAGAUGUUUAUGAUGCUGUUAUUAAAUGGGUUAAAUAUGAUCCUAGAGAACGAGCAAUUUAUCUUGCUGAUUUAUUACAAGAAGUUAAAUUACCAUUAAUUAAUACUGAAUAUUUAUUAACUGUGAUUUCACAAGAAGAAUUAAUUCGAACAAAUUUAACAUGUAGAGAUCUACUUGAUGAUGCCAAAGUACAUAUUUUUAAAAGAGCUAAUCUUUUAACAACAUCAAAAUCACCUAUGGGACCAAAAAUUAUUCCACGAAAAACAGCUGCAGGUGUUUUAUUAUGUGUCGGUGGUCGUGGUGCUACUGGUGAUCCAUUUAAAUCGGUGGAAUGUUAUGAUUUAAGACAUGAUCGAUGGUUUUAUAUCUCAGAAAUGACAACUCGACGACGUCAUGUUGGUGUAUGUGCAGUAAAUGGUCGUGUUUAUGCUAUUGGUGGUCAUGAUGGUAAUGUUCAUUUAAACAGUGCUGAAGUAUUUGAUCCACAAACAAAUCGAUGGGAACCACUCGCACCAAUGAAUACAUGGCGUCGUGGUAUUGCUGUUGGUUGUCUUGGUGGUCCAUUGUAUGCUGUUGGUGGACUUGAUGAUUCGACAUGUUUUGAUACUGUUGAACGAUAUGAUAUUGAACAUAAUACAUGGAGUGCAGUAGCAUCAAUGUCAACACCACGUGGUGGUGUUGCUGUAGCAGCACUUAAAGGUUAUCUAUAUGCUUGUGGAGGUAAUGAUGGUAGUUCGUCAUUAAAUUCAUGUGAACGUUAUUGUCCAUCAUAUGAUAAAUGGACACCAAUUGCUCCAAUGAAUAAACGACGAGCUGGUGCAUCUGUAACGGUACUUAAUAACCGACUGUAUAUACUCGGUGGUUUUGAUGAUAAUUCACCACUUGAUUCUGUUGAAUGUUUUGAUCCUGAUACAAAUAUUUGGACAAUGAUACCGAGUAUGACAUCAUGUCGCGGUGGUGUUGGUUCAGCUACUUUAGGUGGUCGAAUCUAUUCUGUGGGUGGACAUGAUGGCACAACAUAUUUAAAAACAGUCGAAGCUUUUGAUGCUGAAUAUCAACAGUGGACAUCAGUGGCAAGCAUCAAUAUAUGUCGAGCGGGUGCUGGUGUAUCUCAAUGUGACAUAAGUAUUUCACAGUUAUGUGAAGUAAAAAAUCCAACAAAUCCAUCCAGUUGCGUAUAG